AUGGGUGGUAUUGAGGACAAAACUGGGCCCAUGCCAGUUGAGAUGGCCGGGAAGGUCAUAACUUGCAAAGCGGCCGUUGCGUGGGGUCCCGGACUGCCUUUGGUAAUAGAAGAAGUUCGCGUUGACCCCCCUCAGAAGAUGGAGGUCCGAAUCAAGAUCCUUUUCACUUCAAUUUGCCAUACUGAUCUCAGUGCCUGGCAAGGCGAGAAUGAAGAUCAACAAGUAUAUCCUCGUAUUUUUGGCCACGAAGCCUCUGGAAUUGUUGAGAGUGUGGGAGAAGGAGUGGGAGACAUGAAGGAAGGGGACCAUGUGGUUCCAAUAUUUAACGGAGAGUGUGGGGACUGUGUCUACUGCAAGUGUGAGAAAACCAAUCUGUGCGAGAAAUUCAGGGUGAAUCCAUUUAAGAGCGUGAUGGUAAAUGAUGGAAGGAGUAGGUUCUCAACCAAGCAUGGUGAACCCAUCUACCAUUUCCUCAACACUUCGACUUUCAGCGAAUACACUGUCCUGGACUCAGCUUGUGUUGUCAAGGUUGAACCCCAAGUUCCUCUCAAGAAGAUGACCUUGCUUAGUUGUGGAGUUUCAACUGGAGUUGGGGCGGUUUGGAAUAGUGCUAACGUGAAAGCUGGGUCAACCGUCGCUAUUUUUGGUUUGGGUGCCGUGGGACUCGCUGUUGCUGAAGGAGCAAGAGCCAGAGGAGCAUCUAAAAUCAUAGGAGUUGACAUCAACUCCGAGAAAUUUACCAAAGGGAAAGCAAUGGGAAUUACGGAUUUCUUUAACCCCAAGGACGUAGACAAGCCGGUGCGUGAGAAAAUUUCAGAAAUAACGGGUGGCGGGGUUGACUACAGUUUCGAGUGUGCAGGGAACCUGGAUGUUCUCAGGGAGGCUUUCCUGUCCACACAUGACGUAUGUCCUGCCUUUUCACAUUUACAUUUUCACUCUCCAACGCUCGUUCUUUAA